UAUAGGAAACCCUUGUCCCCUUGCAGUUCCUGGCCGCAGUCGCAGAGAUGGUAAAACCCUUGUCCCCUUGCAGUUCUUGGCCGCAGUCGCAGAGAUGCCUUCACACCAGACAUUCAUGAUCAAGAAGAAGUUGGCGAAAAAGACGAGGCAAAAUAGGCCCACCCCUCACUGGAUCAGGAUGAGGACGGACAACACCAUCAGGUAUAACGCGAAGCGUCGACAUUGGCGCCGGACGAAAUUAGGAUUUUGAGGUCAUUUGGGAUGCCUUUUUUCUAUUUCUUAGAUUAGAUUUUCUUUUUUCGCUUCAUCCAUUUUGAUGGAGGAGAUUCGCGUUUCAUUUUGCUCGUAUGAUGAAAGGAUUUCUGUUUUGUAAUGGAUGGAUGUGGUUCCCUUUGGUGUUGAGUUUAUAUCAUCUGGUUUCAGCUUGCUCUUC